AUGGCAGCACAGAAAGCAGCAGCGUUUGUGGCUGCUCUAUUAUUUGUUGUAUUAUUGCUGCAAAAACGUUUUUACUUAUGCUCAAAUGAAAACUAUUCGCUUUAUUUUAAAAGUGGUAUGGAUAUUGUCGAGAGUAGUGGUAUUUGUAACAUUGAAUCGUGCUUUUUUACAAGUCUUAACAAAACGCGAGUAUAUUUCUCUAGACGAAGCAGAUGGUUGUUUGUGUUGUUGCUUUUAAGCGGUGAUGUUGAAAAGUGUCCUGGACCUAAUGCCACAGAUGAAAUCCGUGAAUUUACUAAUGCAAAGGGCAUGAAUAUGUUUCACCUGAACGUUAGAGGUCUAUGGGCAAAUUUUGCUGAGAUUUCGAACAUUGUUAUAAACAACAGAAAAAUCGACAUUUUUUCUCUUACGGAAAUACAUACGGGAGAUGAACCGGAGGACAUGUUUGCAAUUAAUGGAUACACAUUUAUACACAAAUCUCGUAAAUUUGGAAAAGGAGGCGGAGUAGCAUUUUAUGUUGCUGAUCAUGUUAUUUAUAAAAGGCGACACGAUCUAGAAAUAAAUGAAAUUGAAGGUAUUUGGUUAGAAAUAUGUCCAAAAAAUGCGAAAUCGUAUUUACUUUCCGUAAUUUAUAGACCCCCGGAUAAUUCAAAGUAUCUUAAUAAAGAUUUUUCAUCUCUUCUAUCUGAUGUACUGUCAUUAACAUUAGACGGUAUCAAAGAAGUUAUAAUCUUAGGGGACCUUAAUGUCGAAUUUCUGAAAAAAAAAGAUCAUGUUGGGAUUAAAACAGCUUUAACGUUACACGGUUUUAAACAAGUCAUUAAAUCACCAACCCGAAUAGCGGAAACGUCACAAACUCUUAUCGACAUUAUCGCUACAACUAUUUGCACAGUUAUAGCAGAUACCAAAAAUUUUCAAGAUAUUUAUAAUUUAACGAACGUCAAUAGAGCAUGGUCUUUGUUAAAGGGAAUUAUAUAUCGCACCUACGAUUCCAUGGCUCCAUUAAUUCGUAAAAAAGUUCGCGGUAAGCCAUGUGAUUGGAUGACUGUUGAUCUCAAGAAGGAGAUGAACUCACGCGACAAUUUGUUACGAAAAUCGCGUAAAACCAAAUCAGAAGCAGAUAUCACCGCUUAUAAAAAAAAUAAGAAACAAGAUCGAACUCUCAAAUCUGCUUUUGUGUUGACAAACUCCGUCUGGAAAUAUCAUAAAGAAAUACCGAGUAAAUCUAACCCAAAAUUUCGACUUAAACCAAUCACUGUUAAUGAAACCAUAAAACAUCUACAAUCAUUAAAACGUAAAAGGUCUGUUGGGCUAGAUGAUGUACCAUCCUGGUUACUCAAAGACUGCAUGGAGGUAAUCGCUUCACCACUGACAUAUAUUAUUAACAUGUCUUUUGAAACUUCAACUUUUCCAAGUGACUGGAAACGCACCAAAGUGUUACCACUUUUCAAAUCUGGAGCAAAGUCAUCUGUUAAUAACUAUAGACCAAUAUCUGUUAUUCCAGCUAUAUCCAAGGUGAUUGAAAAAGUUGUGCGUGAACAAUUGACUGCAUAUCUGGAAAGUAACAAUUUAAUAAACAACAACCAGUUCGGUUUCAGGCCUCGUCGCUCAACUGAACUGGCUGCAACAAUCUUUAUCGACACUGUGAAAUUGAAGGUUAACGAUGGCAAAAUGGUCGGUGCCGUAUUUUUAGACCUCACAAAAGCAUUUGACAUGUUAAGUCAUGGUAAACUACUGUCAAAAUUAAGCAGUUUUGGAAUUGUUGGAGACGAACACGAGUGGUUCACAGACUAUUUGUUUGGUAGAUUUCAGCAAGUUCAAUACAAAAAUUCUUUGUCUGAUGAACAUCCAGUCAAUAGUGGAGUACCACAAGGGUCAAUUUUGGGCCCACUACUAUUUAUUAUGUUUUUCAAUGAUCUUUGUACCGUAGUGAAACACUCUGAAGACUUAGAGAUCAUAGAAACCCGUCUUUCAUCCGACAUGAAUUGUGUACUUGCAUGGUGUUUGGAAAAUGAAUUAAUUUUAAAUCUCGGAGCAGGAAAAACUGAAGCAAUGUUAUUUGGUUCGAAAAAUAACCUCUCUAAACAAAACAGCUCAUUAAACGUAACUUACGGCUACCAAACUGUGAGGGUAACAUCCACGUAUAAAUAUCUUGGUGUACUUAUCGAACCAUCAUUGAAUUUGAGCAGCAACUUUGAUUUAACGUAUCAAAAAGCUUCCGGUAGAUUACGUUUACUAUAUCGCAUUCGACCGCUGAUUACAGGUAAAGCUGCAUUGGCAAUUUUUCAAACAAUGAUUCAACCAGUAUUAACAUAUUGCGGAUUUGUUCACCUUAAGAAUUCUCAGACACAACUACUCAAACUCUAA